UAUUGCAGUGGCAGCGUCAGCGCUCCCCUCGCUCCUCGAGGACGUGGCGCUGUGCCCUCCGAGGAAACUCGGCGUGUGAAAGUAGCCGUGCACAAAUUGGGGGCUCGCUGCUGGCACCUCCUGGCCGACGGCCGUCGCUGCUGUUUUGUCUUAGCUGCGUUUCUCUAGACUUCCAAGGGGAAGGCGAGGCGCGCAAAGGUGGGGGCGCGCUGGCGCGGCAACUCGGCGCGCUGCCCUAAUGGCGUCCGCUCGACUUCACCCCGCACCGGCAGCGUUCGUCGCACCUGACGGAGGAGGCGGCGGUGGCGUCAGCGGAGCGGCAACGACUGCUGCCGCGGCCGCCGCUGCGGCGGCCGCGGCAUUCCUCGACCUGUCGAGCCACGUGGAGCUCGCCUCGUACCACGACUUCCGGCUCUCCGAGCUACGCGCUGCAGGUGCGGCAGCCGCGGCGGCGCACGGCUUCGGCGGGCCCUUGGCGCCGUACGCGUUCGAAGCCGGCACCGGCGGUCCGCCGCCGGACGCCUUCUCGCCUCUGGCCUGGGAAGGCCUGGGCGCGCCUUCGGCUGCCGCGGGCGCCUACCAGUCGGCGUUCGAGUUCGGUCCCUUCGGUAUCGGCGGUCACCACUCGGCCGGAGGAGGCGCGGGCGUGUCGGCCCCUUCGUCGGGGUCUCGCUUCCCGGCCAUGACGGUGCAGGGCAAGAGGUCACCCGCGGGGGCUGCCCAGCAGAACGGCUUCGCGUGCCCGCCGCACGGCUCCGGCGGCAGCGGGAAGAGCAAGCCGCGGCGCCGGGUGGCCACCGUGGCUCAGCGCAGGGCGGCCAACAUCCGAGAGCGACGCCGCAUGUUCAACCUCAACAGCGCCUUCGACAAGCUGCGCAAAAAGGUACCGACGUUCGCAUACGAGAAGCGGCUGUCCCGCAUCGAGACGCUCCGCCUAGCCAUCAUGUACAUCGCCUUCAUGACCGAGGUCGUGGGCUGCUCCAAGGAAGACGCCGAGCCGUGCGCAGAGGACGCAUUAGUUGCUCCAGCAGGCGCCGGCAGUGUCGCCGGCUUCCCUCCGCACCAUCACCACCACCACCAUCACCACCAGCUCACCGGGGAUGUGCCGCUGGAGGACGCGGCACUCUGGGGCCCGGGGCGGCCGCUAGCUGGAGCCGCGGGCGCCGAUGCUCUGGGCCACUUGUGCCCAUCCUCGAGGCAAGUGUGACCCCUAACGCUGCUGGAGCCGGCUGCCUACGUGUUUCCCAGGUGAACAGAGACAGCCUCGGUGGCCAGCAGCGGUGGCGUGAGUGAGGCCGGAAGACGCACUGCAGGGACGGCUUUAGUUGCUUGGCACAUGUCGCGAUAGUGUCGCGACGCCACAGGAACCGCCGUGCGCCAGAAAAACGAGAAUCUCUUGACUGGCAAUGUUCGUCAAUAUGUGUCGGCGGCGCCGACUGUGUGAUACGAAAUUAUGCGUUAGAGACAGUCGUGCACCUCGGACACAUUGAAUGAAGUGUUCCUUGAAGCAAGAAUUUAUCCAAGCCACAGUGACCCCGUGGUGAGGACGUUGACUGUAUGCUUUGUACGCCGGAUGUUGUUUGCUGCAAACCUCGAUUUUGCAAGCCACACGUCUGAUGGCGAUACCAGCGCAGUUUAGCGAAUCUUGUUCUAAUAGACUGAUAAAAUUGAAGCGGCUCUUGUGAGUGGCAGCUGCACACCGAAAGCAUCUAAACUAAACGUGCAAUCGAGCUAGUCCCUUCGUUCCUAAAGAGAGUAAUAUAUUACUGCCUCAUACUCGGGGGAAUAUUGCAAUCGUUGCCAGCGUAAGUUUAACAUAAUGACUACGUAGAGCUUGUGACUUCGUGACGCAGUGACUGAAAUUAUAAAGUACGUCUCAGGCAAUUACGUUUUGCUUUUAAGGGCACUGCGAAGAAGUUAUCCCACUGAGAAUCUCGACGAGGAAACUUGGUGCUACCACCCUUUUUAAUUUUUUUCUUCCUGGGGCAUUGAGCACGCUUGAGACGUCACAAGCUUCUGAAGCUACACAGCGUAUAGCGGUCAGAGGACCAGGCCUCGAUGCCAAGGUAAGAUUAGUCUUGAAAGCGCGUAUAACUUUUUACACGGGCAGCAAGGAACGCCUUGUACACACAGCGAAAGAUCUGCCGUUGUUGUUUUUGGCUGUGAUGUCGCAUCUCACUUCACGUCUUUCGCGGAGUAGAUGAUCGGACAAGAGCUUGAAAGACCUUCGCCACUACAGCAAACCGCGGUCAGCAAACCGCAGCGCUUACAAAGCCGCCAGCCUUGUGAAAUUCAAGCUGCUCUGCGUAAAGCGUAUCACAAAUAAUUGCUGCGCUGUCGAAAAAAAAUUCCUACAGGAGCCAUCCCAGAAUUACUGUCGACGUUAAUGCAAUCGGCAUUCAAGCCAUGCAGCGACUCGCCGCUUGGGCACUGCCGAAACGCGUAUUGUAUGAGGCGUGUACUGCAUGCAGCUCCUCUCUCGCGCUUGUCUAUAUAUAGACACGCUGCGCCGUCUAAUGGUGCUGCCGAAAAUCCACGCCUGGCGUGUGUCUGAAUCACGAGCUACUGAUCUGAAUGUACGUGUAUUCAGACAAGGCUGUCGGAAAUUAAAUGACGCACGUUCGAUUUCGCCCAGCACCGGAGAAAUUCUAAAGGAUUUUUUCGUCAAUAAAGAGCGGCAUAUCGAUGUAUCUAUCGACCCAAGUAGGCGUUAAAGAGACUUAUAACCAGUGACAGCUAGUGAAAGAUAACCAGUGACCAAGUUGGCGUGUAACGAGAACAUUCAGAUACAGGCAUAUAUAUUGAGAAGCGUGUGACGUAUUCGAAGAUCGCGAAUCGCCUUAAAAACUCGUGAAGAGGGGCUCGCAUUAAUUUCCGUUCGUGCUAGUUCUUCCCUAAAGUUGGUGACUCGACCUUCAUCCUAGUACGAUCAAUAAAAGCCAUAUGGGCCCUCAAAUUUUGUGUUUGAUAGUUGCGUACAAGAAAGAAUUCACAGUGCUAAGCUUAUAUCUACAUUAACCGAAGUCAGGUGUUCGUAUUUGGGCCAGUGCUUUAGUAGUAAACGGAACAUAAGAACUAUACGUCGUGUGAAUGCCUUCGACGACGCAGCUCUUGCUUGUAAGACUAAAAUUUCAGCAGUGCUCUCCACGAAGCGAUGAACAACACCAAAGACAUGUGCCGUAUUCCGUAGGUUCUGUGCCCCCAUUGAACCAGGACGUGUCGGUCGAUCACUUAACGAUGUUGAAUUAGACGAAAUGUUACGAGCGAAGAAUUGAUGGUGAAACGAGCCAUAGGGCGUGGCAUAUUUCCUUCUCAGUUUGCCGAACCUUCUACAGAAAGUGAUGACGUCUGGUUCUAGCAGUGGUCCCCUUUUGUGUGAGCUUGUCUCGUGCGGUUGGCGAUGUGCACAGCGCAUUUUUGGGCAAUUAAGAAGCUAUACUAGUACGAACACAUAUGCUGCGAUCACUGCGAGCGCUUGCCCACGUGCUCGCUAGACUGAUAGCACUGUGAGUUGUUGACCAGAAAUGUGUGCAUUUGUUGAUGAAGACUGCGAAAACUGAAACCCAGUGAAUUGCUUUUUAACACCAUUUCCUGUGUACAGCGAGCCAGAGCUUCUUUUUAGGCUCCUUGCUUCUUGACAGCAGUUUGUGAAUACAAAAUGUUUAUUGUCAUGGCUGCGUGGAUCAGCAGAAUUAUUAUUGCAGGGAAUAAUUUUUUGGCUGUUUUCGCAGAUGGUCAUACAACAUAACUGAACUCACCUGUGUGACAGUAAACGGUUUUGUAUAACUAUCGGGGUUUACUGAAGAGAAUGGGAAUCAAAUCGAAAAGCAAUAAAUGACAUUGA